AAGUGAGCUUGCCGAGGGAGAAUCCGAGGUUAGAAGCCGGUGGGCUACGCCGCUAGUGGGUCCUGAGCUAGGAGUCAGCUUCUGUUUGAGGCUUCGCAACCUUAGGAAGUGGCCGUUGCCAUGACGGCCCAAGGAGGCUUGGUGGCCAACCGAGGCCGGCGGUUCAAAUGGGCCAUUGAACUGAGCGGGCCUGGAGGAGGCAGCAGGGGCCGAAGUGACCGCGGCAGUAGCCAGGGAGACUCACUAUACCCAGUCGGUUACUUGGACAAGCAAGUACCUGAUACCAGCGUGCAGGAGACAGACCGGAUCCUGGUGGAGAAGCGCUGCUGGGACAUCGCCUUGGGUCCCCUCAAGCAGAUUCCUAUGAACCUCUUCAUCAUGUACAUGGCAGGAAAUACUAUCUCCAUCUUCCCUACUAUGAUGGUGUGUAUGAUGGCCUGGCGACCCAUUCAAGCACUUAUGGCCAUUUCAGCCACUUUCAAGAUGCUAGAGAGUUCAAGCCAGAAGUUUCUUCAGGGUUUGGUCUAUCUCAUUGGGAACUUAAUGGGUUUGGCAUUGGCUGUUUACAAGUGUCAGUCUAUGGGACUACUGCCUACACAUGCAUCAGACUGGUUAGCCUUCAUUGAGCCCCCUGAGAGAAUGGAGUUCAGUGGUGGAGGAUUACUUUUGUGAACCUGAGAAGGAAGCACCAGGUGCCUAUAUAUUUGGCCUCAUUUACAUCCUUCUUUAAGCUAAAUGGCUCCCUAAGUAUACUUUUUUUUUUUUUUUUUUUAAGUAUUCUCACUCAUAUUGAAAAGAACCAAAAAGCUCUCUCCUCCAUGGUCAGGAGACAAAUCAUAGAAGGACAAUGUGUAUAUUACUACAAACACAAAGAAACUAUACCACAACCCCUGGCUGAAAAUAAUGUAGAAAACUUUAUUUAUGUUUGCAGUACAGAGCAAAACAAAUAAAACCAGAACUCUAUGUAAACAAAAGAGUGGUUGCUGCUAAAUCAAAAGCCAUAGCAGCAUCUCCUUUUAAUAAAUUAAAUGGUUGAAAACAAUACUUAAAAGUUUCACAAAUUUCCUUUAAUAAAUCUAUUUUCCUUAAUAGAUCACUCCUAUUUAACACAAAUUGGGACAUAAAAAUUCUGUUGGAGACACUCAUGGAUGGAACUAAUGCUGGAUUUAAAUUAUACAUGAUGAAAAGAAAAAUAAACCAGAAAAAAGAACACAUAAAUAUGCUUACAGUGUAAUUGUUACUUUAAUACAAUAAAGAAUUUUUAACAUGUUUAGGGGGAAUGAGGAUUGGUGGAAUCCCUGGGGCCACAAAGAUCAGAGGCAAUGGAAGAUAAAGAGCAGUGAUCUUUCUCCUGCCACAAGGAACCUGUCAAACAGACACUGCAGUUCAAACUUCAGCUUUUAAGAUAGCUAUGGAAGGCAGAGAGCCAGCAGUAGGAGAAAUUAUAUAUUAUCCUGUCCUGGUAAAGUCAUAGGUAAGACUUAAAAGCUGGAUCUUGCCCAAAAAGCAGGAGGUUUUAGUCUUCCCUCUUGAAACAAAAGCCCCUUCCCCUAAGGUGCAUUCUCUCAUCAAGUUUUCAGUAUUGCUUUAUUUGCAGUGAUUAAACCAGACAAGACAUUUUGUAGACAGACAACAUAAGCAACACAUAGACGUGAAAUGCUCUAGACAGAUGAAUAUAAAUCUGGCCUAAUAACCAUUUUUCCAUGUAACAGUGAUUUCGUAUUUUAGGGAUUAAGGUAGUAGCAUUGUUAAUAAGUCACUAAUUCCCUCCUCCCUUUAAAAGAUUCUUACAGAGUUCCAACCACAAAUAGCACUUCUAAAAUUACCUUAUUUUCUGCCCAUAUUUAUUCUGUAUAGGAAAAAUGUGUAUCACUUUGGCCAGGAGUAUGUGUAAAUUUUGGGAAAUUCCUGGGCAGGAUGACCUUUACAGUAUUGGAGUCUUGAAGAUCUUAGGUCCUAGGCGACCUGACCCAUUACUACUAUACUCAACUAAGCAGUGGAGUGUUGCAAUGGGAGUUGUAAACAAAAUUUCUA